UAACUUCUCCUUUUUCUUCACUCCUAAAACCUCUUUAGGAGUGACAGUAGAAGGAGAAACAAACAAACAAACAAAGAAAAAAUUCAAUUUCCAUCAUGAAGAGUUCUUUUUUGCACCAUUUUUCUCUUCUUCUUCUAUCACUCUCCACCAUUUUCUCCUCUUCUGCUAUAGCUUUUGAUUAUGCAGAUGCUCUUUCCAAGAGUCUCCUUUACUUUGAAGCUCAAAGGUCCGGUCGAUUACCUUACAAUCAACGUGUCACUUGGCGCGACCAUUCUGGUUUAACUGAUGGUUUAGAAGAAGGAGUGGAUUUAGUUGGAGGUUACUAUGAUGCUGGUGACCAUGUGAAAUUUGGUCUACCAAUGGCAUUUACAGUAACAAUGUUGUCAUGGAGUGUUAUUGAAUAUGGUGAAGAGAUUUCUUAUGUAGGAGAAAUUGAACAUGCUUUUGAAGCUAUCAAAUGGGGUACUGAUUAUUUCAUCAAAGCACAUACUAGUCCAAAUGUAUUAUGGGCUGAGGUUGGAGAUGGAGAUACUGAUCAUUACUGUUGGCAACGUCCGGAGGACAUGACAACUUCUCGUCGAUCAUUCAAGAUCGACGAGAAUAACCCCGGCUCUGACUUAGCCGGGGAGACAGCUGCCGCGAUGGCAGCCGCGUCUAUUGUGUUUAGGAAAAGUAAUCCGCAUUACUCUCACUUACUAUUGCACCAUGCCCAACAGUUGUUUGAGUUUGGUGACAAGUACAGAGGAAAAUAUGACAAAAGUGUGGGAGUAGUGAAAAACUAUUAUGCAUCAGUGAGUGGGUACGAAGAUGAGUUGUUGUGGGCAGCAUUAUGGCUAUACAAAGCCACCGACAAAGAAGAUUAUUUGGAGUAUGUAAUUAACAAGGCAAAUUCAUUUGGAGGUAUUGGUUGGGCUAUUACUGAGUUCAGUUGGGAUGUUAAAUUUGCUGGUCUACAAAUUAUUGCUUCCAAGAUACUACAGGAGACAAAACACAAGAAACACAGCUACAUACAAGAACAAUAUCGUUCGAAAGCUGAACACUACAUAUGUUCAUGUCUCAACAAAAACAACGGUACCACCAACGUUGAUCGCACCCCAGGUGGACUACUAUACGUCCGUCAAUGGAACAACAUGCAGUACGUAUCGACCGCGGCCUUCCUCCUCACAUUCUACUCAGAUUUCCUUAAAAAUUUUGACCAAAAAAUCGUCUGUCAUGGAGGAAUAGUUGAUCAUGAAGAACUAUUCAAUUUUGCUAAAUCCCAAGUGGACUACAUCUUGGGCUCAAACCCAAAAAACAUGAGUUAUCUUGUGGGGUUUGGCCCAAAUUAUCCAAAAAGAGUACACCAUAGAGGGGCUUCAAUUGUGUCUUAUAGAGAGAACAAGGGCUUUAUUGGAUGUACACAAGGGUAUGAUUAUUGGUACAACAAAAAUGGGCCAAACCCAAAUGUUUUAAUUGGGGCAAUUGUUGGUGGGCCUGAUAAUCAAGAUGAGUUUAAUGAUGACAGAGCAAAUUAUGUGCAAACAGAGGCUUGUACAUAUAAUACAGCACCUCUUGUGGGUAUUUUUGCUAAGUUGAAUUUUUUGAGUUCACCAUUAAUUGCAUCUUUCUAAAAAAAAUUAAAAUGUAUUAUACAAAAA